ACGGACCCCGCAGCACCAGCGAGAGGGAGCUGCGCGCUGGGCCUGGGCGGCCUUUCUAGCCGCGCCGCCUGGCUCUCUAUGGUGCGCUGCUGCCUCGGACGCGGCUGGCGGCGGCGGGGCGCGCUCCAGCUCCUCACGGCUGGCGGCUGCGGCCCGGCCGGGCAUGGCGGGCACGGCGCUCAAGCGGCUGAUGGCUGAGUACAAGCAGUUAACCCUGAAUCCACCAGAAGGAAUAGUAGCAGGGCCUAUGAAUGAAGAAAACUUCUUUGAAUGGGAAGCCUUGAUCAUGGGCCCAGAGGAUACCUGUUUUGAGUAUGGUGUUUUCCCAGCUAUCCUGAGUUUCCCUCUUGAUUAUCCUCUAAGUCCUCCGAAGAUGAGGUUCACAUGUGAGAUGUUUCAUCCAAACAUUUACCCAGAUGGGAGAGUUUGCAUUUCCAUUCUGCAUGCUCCAGGGGAUGACCCCAUGGGGUACGAGAGCAGCGCUGAGCGGUGGAGCCCAGUGCAGAGCGUGGAGAAGAUCCUUUUGUCAGUGGUCAGCAUGUUAGCAGAACCAAAUGAUGAAAGUGGAGCCAAUGUUGAUGCCUCCAAAAUGUGGCGGGAUGACAGAGAACAGUUUAACAAAAUUGCCAAGCAGAUUGUGCAGAAGUCCCUUGGGCUUUAAAAACAAAAAAGAAAAGAACGAAACUGCAGUGUUUUGUAUUUCUCUCCAGCUGACAGAGAGCAAUGCUUAGUGCUGAUACCAAAAAGGCAGAUUUUGCAAAAUUGUUGGCCUAAUUCUUCCUCUUUAUUCUUUUUAUUAUUUCCCCCCCUUUAAAAAGCCUCUGGCUCAGACUAAAACAUGUAGCAAGGGGGUACAUUACUAGAAUUCAAAAAUGGAGUCAGUCCUAUUGCAAAGGCUGUUCAAUGCUACCUCAUUCUGUUGUAUUGAAAACAUGGAGACUUUACAAAGCAUGAAUUUGAGCCUAGCACAGUCUUAUACUCAUUUUCUGCAAUCCACUCCCUGGUCUCACCAAGAAAAUGCACAAGUCAUUGUGCAUUGCCGAGCAGUGGAAUCCUCCCCAGUCAGUGAUUCAGAGCAAAGGUUAGUGAACAAAUACUUAAGUAGCUAGGUGGUCGGCAUAUUAAUGUUUGCAGGUAUUCCAAGAGCUUGUUCCAGAGAAGAGGAGUUUUAGGUGACCUGCUACAACAAUCAGCUUUACGUUUCUGCUUAACAUCGUACCCAAAAAUGUGUGCAGAAACAAAGUCAUUUUUAAUUGUGUGAUCUCAUUGGGAAAUUGGAAACAGCAAUGAUAUUCAACACCAGAGUUUACAAAAAGGUAGCUCAGUGAAAGAGGUUCUAAAACAAGAAUACCUUCAGGUUGUUUUAAUGUAGGUAGCGAUUUUAAGUUUUUUAGCUAAGGCGUCUCAAAUUCUAGAUGGCCAGUUUCAUCAGUGGCUGAUGCUCGUGGACCCAGCUGUCUAGCCCAAUAUUUUUGUAUCAUGCUGUCAGUCUAAAUCUAGCCUUUGAAUCUGCUUUUGCAAAGAAGAGAUCUCAAUGACUGCUGUAAUUACUCCCUAAAAAUAUUUAUUGUAACUUCCAGUUUAAAUCAGAGAGGUAGGUCAGGAAACCCAGUCUUUUCCUAAACAUUUUGGUCAGCUGUUUUGUUAGGUACCUGCAUCCCGAAGCGCAAGGUAGGUCAUCUGUGCUCUGAAAAUCGUGGAGCGGGGAAGAAAGGGGCUCAGCUAGUCCUGCUGGGAAACUAAAAUCUUUCCAAGAUAUUGUGAGAUGAUCUGAAACCCUGUUCUGCCAAUACUUGAUAGAGUAGAGUACUGACUUGAACACUUGUCAUGACAGACCAGGUCACCCACAGUUCAGGUAGGGAACGUGGAUUUUGACGGUGAUCCAGUUUAACCCUUACUUUAACAGGAGUUGCAAUUUCUAGAUGCUAACUGCUCUUGCAUACCUAAGUCAGUGCUGGGGGAGAUCCUUAUCACUGAUGCCAUCCUCUAGAGGAUGGAAGGAUGCACACUUGCAACAUUGUUCUACUGACCUCUGUAUGGUAUGCAGCAGGACAAUGAAGAACUUUCAAACUCUACUCAUUGUAGUGCCCAGACUGUAAAGCUUGUGUGGGGCACCUUCUAGUGUUCUUGCUUUACAACUGAACGUCUUGUCUAGGCCUGAAUCUUCUGUAGGCAUUUCAAGCAAAUAUGCUUAUGCUGCAAGCAAUAACAUAAGCCUCUGUUGUGUGUGGAAUCAAAUAUUGUUGACUAUCUAAAACAGGCUAGGAUAGGAGUAUCUUUUUUUGAAUGAAAAGAACCAAGAAAUCAAAUUAUAGGAAUAAUUACAUUAUUGAGAGAGCUUUGCUGAAGUGACACAUGUAUAUUGCUCUCAUUUCAGCAUCUGGUGGCUUGCAGUUCAUAUUGCAUACACACAUGUGCUGCAUGUCACUCUAGGGCGUCGUCUUUAUCCAUCACUGAAGAGACUCUGGGCUGGGAUAACUUGCUGGAUUUACCUCCAUUAUAGGGAGUAAUUCCUAUAGGUUUGGAAGAGGACUAGUUUUGGGGGCAGGAAGAUGAUGGAGUAGUAUUGUACCCAACUAGUAUUUGCAAAUGUACAUGAAGAUGUAGCUUUUGUAUGUGGAGUGAAGGCAUUUUAUGCACUGGAUAGAUGCGGUGUAGCUUGUGGAGUACCAUAGUCACAUUAGGAAACAGCUUCCUAAAGGAGGGGGCUGUAUGCCUGAUUCCAGACAGAUUGAUCACAAACAAGAAAGGGACGUGGCAGAAUUAGUCUUGUUUUAAAAACAAAAUAUUUUUAUUCAUGUGUAUUCAAAGAUUCAUUAUCCUUAUUUUAUGGUGGAACUUAAUCUGUAUAUUGAAAAUAAAGUGAUAUUUUCUUCUUUCACAAAAGCAUAAGAA